GUUCGUCAUACGCGCAGUCGGCCUUGGGAAUUUUUUGGAACCAGCAGCGCCAUCGAUCCUCAUAUACCAAAACAGCCUACUCGGUGUACCGAAUUACGGUGGAUACCAAUCUCCCGCCAAAACAAUCUGGAGACGGUUAUGCUGAGAUCUUAUCUACUAGAAGCGCAGGUAUGAUUUUCUAAAACCUCUCUACUAAAAGCAUAGUGUUCUUGUAAUGAAAACUUCACGUGGAUUUGCAUUUCCACUGUCCUAUAAGGAUUGAGUGUUGCACCCAUCUUCCUAGAGUAAGACUCUACUUUUCCUGGCACUCAGUGCCGCUUUACUGCUGACGACCACACUAUCACUGAGAUGGUCUUCAUGUGUCCUGAGCGACUGUACCGUUAGAAGAUUGUAUGUUUGAAACGAGUAUCCCUCGCGUGAGAACGAAGCAAAGGCGCCCUAUCCUAUCCUAUCCUAUCCUAUCCUCGAAAGAUGGACAGAAUAGAACUACUAAUGAAGAAGUCUAGAUAGUCGUACUUUCAGCACCUGUCUCUACGGCUAUCAGAAAUAAAGAUAGCAGCAGGAGCGCAUGGAUCUAGUAUCUACAACAACAACCAAAUGUGCUACAAAACUAAAUGUCCUACCCAAGAUACUCUUUGCGUACAACAACCACUACUAAAAAUCUGCUAUAAGAGAGUCGGAGUCCGCGUGCUGCGUCGAAGGCAUUUGGUGGGCGGACAGGACGUCAUUUCGCAUGGUUUGGCUCUGAUCAAUAACUCCUCAGAAGAGGAAAAAGCUUACGUUUCAGCACUAGCGACAAACAGACUGCAUAUUCGUUUAUGAUUUGGUUGGAGAUUUCCUUCCCCUCAUGCACAUAGCCCCUUUAGCUCGUGCACAAGAGCACAGAAAAAGGAAAACUCCUUUUCCAUCAUCGCAUUAAGAACUCUGAAGAUGCAGGUAGGUGAUCUGUAUCUCCUGUUUGGUAUAUGUUGAGUUUCGCAUAAGUUUGGGUGUUGUAACUGCCGUGUCUCUGUUCGGGUCACAACUUGAACCAGGCAGUUACUGGUAGCUGCUACGUGGUUCGCAUGAGUGAAUGAUUGGGUACUAGCUUUGGCAUUGCUGUAUCUGGCUGAAUAUUCAUAUUGUUUUUGUUUGUAAUUUGGAAUUCGGGCUGUUUGCUUCUUUCUUCGUAUUGUUAGUUUGCGACGGACUGGGCUGAUGUGCUUCUACUGACUUUUUCGAAGAUACUCCCCUCCUUAACCCUUUCACCGUGACAACUCUACUUGUUGAACUACAAGUUGAUGAUAUUAAGCGUUUUCGAUAACGGCGGAUCACUACGCUCCAGUUUUUGUCUUACCGAGUACUAGUUGCGUGAUCCUACCCUAAUAAAUAUGCGAUGUCGAGGCACCCGAUCCUUUCCCUCUAUCCUAUUCGAAUAUUCGAGCUACUGGGUACGUGCUUGCUAUGUAUCAUCCUGCGCUAAUUUUCGACCUGCUGAGCAUGAGCUUGACGCCAGCAAGGGAGUGGGAGAAAGAUUUUUCGACGAAAUUGGUGGGUCAGUCUCUGGCACAGGACCGGUUGGGUGGCGAAGCGAUAGACACUUCAGCAGAAAAACAGAAAGCGAUAAAGCAUGUAGGAGUGGCUUUGGGUGAAGGUUUGCCACUCGCUUCUUCUACCAGCUAUACUAUUAAGUCUCCCAUAACGAUGAUGGUCUAGUACUAAGGAAUUUAACACUUCUUAUUAGGCAGUAUUGUCUCCUCUACUUAGGUCCGGUUACGUUGCACUGCGACAGGGGCAUACACGUGACUCUUUCUGUCUCCCGUGUUGAGUUGAGUAGACGAUCUCAACCAGUCAGUUAAUGAAUUAAUCAGUCAGUCUUUCUCUCUCUAUCCGUUGCUGUGUUGAUAGAGCACUGAUAUUGUGAUAUUGAUUCUUCAUUGAAGCUAGUUGCAAGUCUAAGAAAAUCGAUGCCGAGGAAAAACCUCCAGAGGAAACUGCCGAUAUUACCGGGCCAAAAAUAGCAGAUUCCCCACGUCCUUCACCUGGACAAGGAUGUCAAGAUGGUGAAUUGGGUAAAGACAUAAAAAAAGAUGAUUCGAACGGGAACAAAUUAUGACAGACAGAGAAAGAGUUUUUUUACUCGUCUGAAAUACUGACACUUGAUUCUUGAUGAUGAAUUCUGAGAAAAGUACUAGGCAAGAGUUCUAACUGUAGGCAUCAUCGGUAUACAGGUAAAUCCGUGGUGCCUUCAUCUACUUUUAUUUUUCGAGUAUGAGCUGGAAAUCCUUCUAGAGUCUUUUGGUAGGAGAGGCAGGUGCCAAGGUUUAUUUUUCGAGUAUGAGCUGGAAAUCCUUCUAGAGUCUUUUGGUAGGAGAGGCAGGUGCCAAGGUUUUUUAAGUAUGAGGCGCAAAUGCUUUUAGGUUGUUUGCGAGUACUCGCGUCUUUGUGAGUACUAUAUAAGGACUGAGUAAAAGUGCUUCUCCCUGUCAUAGAAUCACUUCGGAGGCACUAGUGCCGCUGGAGAUGCUGUAGGCAACGGGAAG